UAGAGAAAGUGAUGGAAGUUGCUUCGAUAUUCACCGGUCAAUUGAUUUACCAAAACUCUCCAGUAGCCAUGAUCUCUAACUUGCAACCAUCUUUCGUUAUGUUUCUAUUGAUGGCUUUCAUUUCUAUCUUGUUUUUUCAGUGUUAUAACAGUAUGGAGAAACACUCAAACUUGCAACCUCCUCUUCCACCAGGGCCAAGGCCAUGGCCUCUUGUUGGCUGCCUGCCCGCAAUGUUGUCCAGUAACAACUCAUCAACGCACGAAUGGAUUCAUUCAAUUAUGAAGCAAUUCAAUGCUGAAAUUGCUUCUAUACGCCUCAGAAAUACCUACGUAAUCCCUGUCGCUUCUCCAGAACUCGCUCUUGAAUUCCUUAAAACAUAUGAUUCUGUCUUUGGAUCCCGCUCUUCCUUUUCCAACGAUGUUGAUAUGUUAACCGGCGGAUGUGUCUCCACGAUAUUAUCGCCAACGGGACCCCAAUGGAGGAAGAUGAAAAGAAUUCUCACAUCAGAGAUACUCAAUCCAUCAACUCUCCAUCGAAUGCUUGGCCAAAGAACUGCUGAAGCCGAUGCUCUUUUACACUAUAUUUUCAACCAAACAUGCAAAAAUGGAGGAGGUGCAGUGAUCAACGUUAGAAGCAUAACACAACAUUAUUGCGGUAACAUUAUUAGAAGAAUAGUAUUCAAUAGAAGAUACUAUGGCGAAGGGAGGGAAGAUGGGGGACCAACUUUUGAAGAAGAAGAACAUAAUCAAGCAUUGUUGACCAUUGUUAGGCAUGUUAAUUCAUUUUCUAUAUCAGAUUUCAUGCCUUGUUUGAAGCCUCUUGAUUUAGAUGGACGUCAAAAAAAUAUGAAGAACGCUUUGAAUGUUCUUAGAAAAUAUGAUGAGCACAUUAUAAAAGAGAGAGUGCAACAAUGGAAAAAUGACGAGAAAAUAAAAGGGGUUGAAGACAUUCUUGAUAUCCUCAUUUCACUUACAGAUGACAAUGAAAAUUCCUUGUUGUCAAUAGAAGAGAUCAAGAAUCAAAUCAUGGAUAUACAACUUGCCACGAUAGAUAAUCCUUCAAAUGCUGUGGAAUGGGCAAUGGCAGAAUUACUCAAUCAACCAAAAGUUCUCAAAAAAGCUAUUGAAGAAUUGGAUAAAGUAGUUGGAAGAGAGAGAUUAGUCCAAGAAUCGGAUAUCUCGAACCUCAAGUAUCUCACAGCUUGUGUUAGAGAAUCUUUUCGACUUCACCCAUUUUCACCCUUCAAUGUUGCCCAUGUGUCCAACUCCGACAUUGUUGUGGCUGGCUAUUUUAUUCCUAAAGGAAGUGAAGUGUUGCUAAGUCGUUUAGGUCUUGGUCGAAAUCCAAGAAUUUGGGAGGAUCCAAUGAAAUUUAAUCCAGAACGUCAUCUAAAGGAUGAGACAAUUGAAUUGGGAAUUUCAGAACCCAAUUUACGAUUCAUCACCUUCACUAGAGGGAGGAGAGGUUGUCCUGGUAGCUCACUAGGAACUAACAUUACGAUGAUGUUAUUUGCUAGACUUCUACAAGGAUUUUCAUGGACUUCAUUGCCAAAAUUCACAAAGACAGACAUUCCUCAAACCAAUGAAUUAUCUCUAUUAAAGCCAUUGCAUUUGCAUGCAAAGCCACGUUUAUCUCAUGAUAUGUACCAAAGUUUUAUUGGCCAUCAAGCAUAAAGCUACCUAAGAAACGGUGUCUACAAAGAGAAAAAGUAGGCAGUACUCGUUUUCCAUUCAUACAUAUGCUUGUGUUUAAUAUAUUUUUUAUGUGCUAUCAUGUAUUGUAAAACCAAUUUUAGGUUAUGUGUCAUAUUUUUCAAUUAUUUGAGGAGUUAAAUUAGAAGUUGUGUAAGCAUUAAUAUAUGUAAAUAUAAAUUAAAUAAACAAAUUAAUUGGAUUC